AUGCAUGCGCAGGCAAAACAGCAACACUAUGAUGAGGCAAAAGACAAGGCAGGGCAUGCCAAGCAUGAGGCUAAAGAUGCUGGUCGAGGCAUAUUGGAUGCAGCUAAGGAAGCAUACCAGGGUGUCAAAGAAGGUAUCACGGGAACCGCCAAGGAUGCAAAAGUGAAAGCGGGCGAGAUGAAAGAAGCUGCCAAGGAAAAGUAUCACGGGGUAUGA